CCUGCUUUCUUAUCCAAAUCGUUGCAUUUAAUCUUGUUUGAAGUUCCAGGUGAAAUCUAUCACUGAAGGAUCAAAAUUACCUAUUUAUUAUUCCGAUUAUUUUCAAUCAAAUCAAAAUGGAUAACAGCAAAAGACGGGCAUCCACGAAAGUUCCAGAUAAAAUUUGCCAGUAUGGUUCCGAAUGCUACCGCAAGAAUCCCAUCCACUUCAAAGAGUUUUCCCAUCCCCAUUUAGAAUCGAUCCUGACAGAAGCCCCGGCGAAGAACAAGUAUCGCAUACCGGAUGAGCUAUCUAUGAGUCGCGAAGUGGUCCUGGAUCAACUGAAAAUCAUCGAGCAAAUAUACCCUGAGCUCGUCAAUAGCAACACUCCACCGUCAAAGUAUUCCAAAAACAACACGAGUCUGGCUGUGCCACCUGCUAGUUCCUCCUCCGAAUCUCCCGCAAAAACAUCUCUAUCGAAACAUUCCCCCAGUGAUGGUCAAGGUAAAUUAAAGAAUAGCCCAAUUCCCAAGCCAGUAAAUGCUAAAGCAACCGGUGAAGCGGGUUCUUCCACUUCCGUCUCGAAACCUCAAUCGAAAAGUAACGCCGUUGCCGACUUGUUUGCUGAACGGCGAGCCAAAAUGGCCAAACUUCGAGCUGAAGAGCCGAAGAAACCAGAAUCUCAACCGUCAACCAGUGGCCAGCAGGCCCGGAAGCAGUCGGACCCACCCAAACAGCAGUCAGGAGUUUCACUGAAGAAGGUCAUUCCGCGUAACAUUGAAGACUAUUACCCGGUGGUAGCCCCUAGGGGUCAGAUGGCUGCCAAGCUGGCCGCAGCGGCUCCAUACAAUUACUUCCUUACGACGAUCACCGACGCCAAGGUGACCCAUUUGGAACCCCUGUCGAUAACGUUCCAGGAGCUGCUCGAUUCUAGCCUCGGCGAGUUGGAAUGUUCCGUCCAGAUGAACUUCAUGGUGGACAUCGGGUGGCUAAUGGGACAUUACUUCUUCGCCGGCUACGAAAAUCGCCCCCUGCUGAUACUGUACGGCGACGAAACGCCAGAGUUGAAGAUGGUUUCGGCGAAAAAACCGAACAUUACGGCAGUGAAGGUCAAUAUCGCGACGCCCUUCGGGGUGCACCACACCAAAAUGGGUUUGUACGGUUACACGGACGGAUCGAUGCGGGUGGUGGUAUCGACGGCCAAUCUGUACGAAGACGACUGGCACAAUCGGACGCAGGGGUUGUGGGUUAGUCCGAGGUUGCCGCCGAUGCCGGAGGAUGCGGACACCGGGGCAGGUGAUAGCAAAACCGGAUUCAGGGAAAGUUUGAUUAGUUAUUUGAAUUCGUACAAAAUUGGCCACUUGCAGCCGUGGGUGGCCAGGAUACAGAAGACUGACUUCAGCGAGGUGAAUGUAUUUCUAGUGGCAUCGGUUCCCGGUGGUCAUCUGAACACCCCCAAGGGUCCUCUAUGGGGACAUCCUCGAAUGGGCUACUUAUUAGGAAAACACUCGGCUCCAAUCGAUGAUACCUGUCCGCUAGUGGCUCAAAGCUCUAGCAUAGGCAGUCUCGGACCGAAUCCGCAGUCGUGGGUGCUUUCGGAAGUAAUGGCCAGCUUUAGGAGGGACUCGGCCCCCAUCGGACUGCGACGAGUACCUGCAUUCAAAAUGAUCUUUCCAAGCUUUUCGAAUGUUAGAAAUAGUCACGAUCACCUGCUGGGCGGUGGUUGCCUGCCGUAUAUGAAAGCUACGCAUGACAAACAGUUGUGGUUGAAGGACUACCUGCACCAGUGGAAGAGUGAUUCCAGAAACAGGACCAAGGCGGUGCCACACAUCAAAACGUACUGUCGAUGGUCCCACCGAGGAUUAUAUUGGUUCCUACUGACAUCGGCGAACCUCUCAAAAGCAGCGUGGGGUGUAUACAACAAAUCAGCCAAGUUUGAGGCUCCCCUUAGGAUCAACAGCUACGAAGCCGGUGUUCUGUUUCUACCUAAAUUUGUGAUUGAGGACAACUUUUUCCCAAUGGAAUCAAAGCUUGGCCAACAGCAUCCACGUUUUCCAAUGCCUUAUGACGUUCCUAUAAUUCCGUACGCCCCCGAAGAUACACCUUUCUUUAUGGAUUAUCUCCGAGGCUAGCAUGUAAGUACACGGUAUUACUAUUUAUUAAUUUUAAAUUUUUCGUGGAAAACAAUACUCCAAAUACAAGUUAACUUUUUUCAACUGUCAA